CGAGCGGAAUUGGAAGUCAGGAAUGAUGGUUGUUUUCCUGAGCAAGGAUGACGGCUAUGUGAGGACUAGUGGAGGGGAAGAAAGUGUAGAUGUUAAAAAAUACUAGCUCGGUUGUAAACAAAAUAGUAGGACUACGCAGGAGGGAGGGAGGAAGAAGGAUUCGCGCUGUGGAAGGAAGCAAUGGCCUCGUGAAGAACGUCAGGAGCCUUUCUUUCUGCCUCAGUGCGCGUUAGCCUGCCUCCACACACACACACACACACACCACGGGAUGGCGGGCGAGGGGAAUGGAGCCGACUGAGGUUUGUGCGCUAAACAGCAGUGAAUUCCGUCUCUCCCAGCCCGUGCUGUAUUUAAACCUUCAGCGUUACUUUGUGUUUACUUUACGCAUGCGGCGCUCAUUCUUGCGCAAUAAAUCACGCACAAUGUUCCAUGUACACCCCUCACAUCAAUGCAUAGCCUAGGCAACUUCUUCUUUUUUUUCUCUCUCUCUCUCCACUGCCCAUCUUUCCUUGACUGAUGGCAACGGGAGCAGAGUCAGACAUCUGUAGAGGAAUAUCGAGAGCUGUGCACGAGAGUAACCCGCGCGCUGGCGAGCGCAACGCGUAUGUGAAAGCGUGCGUGUCCCCUCUGUAUCAGGACAGCGGUUGCCAGUGGUUCUGUCCGAACGCAAGCUGGAGGUGUGGUAAACUCUCGUCUGCGGCGUGCGUCGGCUCUGUGUCGUUUUGUCUUGCCUUGCUGCUUAAAUGUGUUGACUGGGAUGUGGAGCCCGGCUCCAGCUGUAACAGUGCUCUCCAGGCUGACUCGGGAUCUUCUUUUCUUUUCGUGAACAGAAGUGUGGUGGAGUUCUCCUUCGCCUUGUGGCAUCUGAUCGCACCUAUUUUCACCCUGGUGAGUGCCUUCUUCUGGGCCGGCCUGUACUUGAUCCGCUGCGGAGUGCUGGACCGAACCAUCGUUUUCCUGCUCACGCUGUGUCACUUGGGAGAAGCGGCGGCGCAGGCGUUCUUGCAUGGCUCGGACGAGAAGCUGCUGCACUCUCUGACGGCUAGCGUGGUGGUGCUCGGCUGCUUGGCAAGCGGGGCACUCAUGGUGAUGCGACUGGGCCAGGGCAUCUCCGUCAUCGUCUUCAUCAGCAUCAUCAGAGCCGCCUCGCUUAUUUCCCUGCACAGAGUUCGCGCGAGCUGGAGACCCUACUUGGCGUACCUGGUAGGGGUUCUGGGAGUCCUGCUGGCGAGGUAUGCUGACAGGCUGCUUCCGAAUCAGGCAAGCCAACUGGAGGGCUGCACCUCCGUCACAGGGUCUAGAGAAGACAUUCUCGUCUUUAAAAGGCGCAGGAGAUCCAGCUCCGUCGUAUCAUCAGACAUGGCACAGCACGGCUUCGAGGCCAGCAGCAAGUCGCACAGGAGAACCUCCCUGCCAUGCAUCCGAAAAGACCAGUUCUCAGGCACCAGUGUGAUGGUGGACAUUGCAGUGAUGGGUGAAGCUCAUGGACUAAUCUCAGACCUUCUGGCUGACCCAUCACUGCCUCCAAACACCUGCAGCUCCUUGAGAGCUGUUAGUAAACUGCUCAAUACCCAACUCACCUUUCAGCCCCUGCACCACCGGUCACGCAUCAACCCUCUGCUGGUUUCCACUGAUGGAUGCUCUGACUUUGAGGAGGGUGAUAGACUGGCUAUCCCUAAGCACCGUUUGCGACGGAGUAUGCCUUCUGGGCCUCUUCGGCGCAUUUCCUCUUCCUGGACAACUACCACCUCUGCCACAGGGCUUCCCACCAUUGAGCCAAGCCUUGUCAGGCGAGACCACAGUUCCACCAUCAAACCCGUUCAUGACAAUCCCUCCAGCAGGCCCAUGUCUGCCUCCCACAUCACCUCAGCCCCCAACUACCUCUACAACAAAGUUAGGCAAGUAGGUUACCAUCCCUUCAGCAACUCACCCAUGGUCUCACCUUGCCACUCGCCUCCAGUCCAGGGAACCUCCGUGAACAUCCCCACCAAUAAGGUGCCCUCAAUGGACCUGUCUGAUUCUGGGGCCCUUCAGGGCUGUUACCUCUCACCAGGGACUUCUCACCGAGCCUUAACCUGCAACUCCCCCAGUUCCAGAACCUCACACUGGACUCUCCCAUUACUCUGUAGCAGCUGUGGAAGGCCAUAUAGCAAAAUGUUGCAUGGACAGGAUUCUCCAGAUAAAGUUGACAAAACACAACUAUCAGACGAUCCAGCUUUGGUGUCGCCUGACUGCGACAGUACCUAUGAAACAAAUCACAGUGACAGCAGUGAUUUUGCACAGACUGAGGAGGAUGGAGAGGCUCAAAGACAGUCCUACAACAACAUGCAGGAUCUUUGCAGGACAUUGCAAGCAGAGACCCUUCUCUUACAUCCUUUACUACCAUCAGAGAACAAACCUAUUCUAGCCCCUGAACCACUGGUCAUGGAGGGCCUGGGGCCUCUAAUGAGUCAGAUCAACAAUUGGAACUUCCCAAUAUUCAGCCUGGUGGAGAAAACUAAUGGGAAGUGUGGUUGCAUCCUAAGCCAGAUGUCUUACAGGCUAUUUGAAGAUACUGGUCUCUUUAAAAUGUUCCACAUCCCAGUGAAGGAAUUCAUGAAUUACUUCCAUGCCUUGGAGAAUGGUUACAGGGACAUCCCAUAUCACAACAGGAUCCAUGCAACAGAUGUCCUCCAUGCUGUCUGGUAUCUUACCACACAGCCUGUACCAGGCUUACCUUUGCUGGCUCACAACUCUAUAUCAGUCAGUGAUUCAGACGCUGUCAGUGGGAUCAGUCAUGGUAAUAUGGAUUAUCUGUUCUCUAAGACCUACCCAAAAAUGGAGGAUGGCUAUGGCUGUCUUUCAGGGCUUAUUCCUGCCUUGGAGCUGAUGGCACUGUAUGUGGCAGCUGCCAUGCAUGACUAUGACCAUCCUGGCAGAACCAAUGCCUUCCUGGUGGCCACCAGUGCUCCGCAGGCGGUGCUGUACAAUGACCGCUCAGUUCUGGAGAAUCACCAUGCUGCCUCGGCCUGGAAUCUGUUCAUGUCCCAGCCUGAGUACAACUUUCUGGCCAGCCUAGACCAUGUGGAUUUCAAGCGCUUUCGCUUUUUGGUUAUUGAGGCCAUUCUGGCCACUGACCUGAAAAAGCACUUUGACUUUUUGGCUGAGUUCAACGCUAAGGUGGGGCAUGAAGGUUGCUCAGGUAUUGACUGGUCCAACGAGAAUGACCGGCUUUUGGUCUGCCAGAUGUGUAUCAAGCUUGCUGAUGUUAACGGGCCACUGAAGCACAAAGAUCUUCAUCUUCAGUGGACAGAGGGCAUUGUCAAUGAGUUUUAUGAGCAAGGUGAUGAGGAGGCCAGCCUGGAUUUACCCAUCAGCCCAUUCAUGGACCGUUCAGCCCCCCAGCUAGCCAAGUUGCAGGAGUCUUUCAUCACACACAUCGUCGGGCCGCUCUGCAGCUCCUAUGACACAGCUGCCCUCAUGCCUGGCCGGUGGGUGGAGCCUCAGCCCAGUGAGGCUGAAGAAGGAUCUGGUGUGGAGGAGACUGAUGAAGAUGAAGAGGAGGAAGAAGAAGAAGACACAACAGAGGAAGAUGCCUCAACCAACUCGGAUCAGUCUCAGAAACUGAUGCCCAAAAUGCGACAGAAAGUCUUCUGUCAGAUCACCCAGUACCUUCUGGAGAAUUAUGAAAUGUGGAAGAAGGUCAUUGCUGAGGAGGCCCAAAGCCAAACAAAGCCAAACAAAGCCUCUGACCCAAUCCUGGCUAUACAUGAAGAGGAGGAGGAGACAAUAAGCAAAGACAAGCCAACAGAGGACCAGGAGCAAAAAAUAGAUGGAGGAGAGAUAUGGCCAGCAGAGGAGCAGCGAUAUGAGGCAUCAAUAGAAGACUAACAGACUGAAUAAAGAAAAGUGAGGACACGACAAAGCAAAAGGAAACAGUUAAGAAAUAUCAGGAAACUAAAAAAAUCAAGACACAAGCUGUAGAAAAACGUGGAGGGAAAAAUACAGAAAUGGGAUGAGACUUCAGAGGAUUAGGAGAUAUGGAGUGAAUGGGUGAUUUAUCUAGUCUAGAAUAUUGUCACAAAGCCUUUAUUUCCAAACAAGACUCCUGAUAAAUGGUUGCCAGCACAUCACUAAGACACAACACUGUAGAUUCUUUAGGAUAACAAGUUUCUGUAGGAAACAGGGUGGCUCCGAGUGUCUUCGGAUAGGGUUUAUUAGCUAGACCCAAUAAAAUGUAAUUUCUAAAAUGAACAUGAACAGGCUUUUUAUAAAACUCUAAUGGUGGCCACACCACCAAUUUAUGCUUAAGUUCCAAAACUUCCAUGACUAGGGUCUCAAUGAUCUGCACUUUUUAGUCUAUUCAUUUCAGAAAGUAUUUUAAGGACCCUGGUAUUAGACUGAUUCAAGAAUGUAUUCCAUCAUGAUACAACUAGCCCUUUUGAGCUCAUAGCAAUGUGAUGGGGAAGUACACACUCCUUAAACACUCAAAUACACCAUAAUCCAUAUGAAGGAAAGAAGGUUCAGGAAAUAGCAUGCACCUAAAAGACCACAUGUGUAACACUACUUAUCUAAUCUUUUUCUUUUCUUUUCUUUUUAAGUUAAAAGCAUCUGUCCUUUUCUUUUGUUUGCCACUUGAUUUCCUGUGGACGUUUCAUGCCUCCACAGGUUCACCACCUGCCUGUAGAGUUAGGCACCAUGACUUUGCAGGUGCACUAGUAAAUGUUCAAGUGUUUGUCCUUUUUAAUAUAAAUUACCUGUUACUUUAAAAAAAAAACAAAAAAAAAAAAACACAUUUUUCAGGGUUGCGGUAGCUUUAGUUUGUGACGUGGCAUUCCUGUUUAUCAAGAUAUAACAGCACUGUAAAUACUGUGUAGCAUUUCUUCCUUUCGGAUUUUUAUUCUGCCAGUGCACAUUUGGGGGGGGGGGGGGGGUCUCCUGUUUUGAUAGGGUUAGUUAGAAAAACGCUACAUGCAUAGUCACUACAUACUAGAGCUCCAGUUCUAUUCAAGUUCAUACCUGUGUUUUUGUAUGAUGUGAUUCUUUGAAGAUGAAGUAUGCAAUGCAGUUAUUUUGCUUAUUAUAACCGAAGUAAAUCAAUCCCACGUCCUAUAGUUAGGAGACAGCAUGUAUUUAAUCCUGGUAUUCGUGCCAUUUCAGCCUUCUGUGUAUUUGACCCACAUGUUUGAAUUGGCAGUUGAAUCCUGCUGAAUCUUAGAUCUGUUGGUCGUUUUAUGCAUCUUGAGUAGCAAGUAUACAGUAUAUAUCCAUAUAGGGAUUAUAUACACAGAAAUGCAAAUGUAAAUGCACCCAAAGAUUUCAACCUGAUUGUUUUUCUAAGUUUGCCUCAAUGCUGGUAUGGUUCCAUUGUUGUUAUAGGUUUUAAUACAGAAAGCAAACAGCUUUCGAAAAGUUCCAAAAAUCCAAAACAAAUAUGAUGUGCUCUGCUUGAGGGCUAAAGAGCAAGCAUUCGUUAAAGUCAUGCACUCUCGCUAAACAAGGAAGGCCACUCAUACUCCAGUCAUCCGAUAGCUGCUAUGUCCUAGAGGAACUGCUAACCCCCAUAUAGGCAUGAGACCUGGUGUAGGGACGCAUGCAAGAGGGCAGUUCACUAAAACAACUACAGCACUGGUGUGUGCUGCCUGUGCUGCCUUAGACACAGGGACGAAGGGAGAAGCAGAUUGAUUGUGACUGCAGUUCAGGGAUAGAUAAUGCAGUCUGAUGUUCUUGUAUGGACGUAAUCAGCUUGCGCCUGAUGCUACUGUGCCAUAAUUUAGAAGGGGUGCUAAUUAAAUUUGUAGUAAUUGUAGAAUUCCCCACUUCAAUUUGCAGCAUAAUGUACGCUUUCUUAUCAACAGCCAGCACAUCAAGCAAUACUGACACAUACUGUAGACUGAUGGUAGUUUUUAAUGAUUGCCAUCAUAUUAUUAUGAAGUUGGGCAUAAUAUAUAUUUUUUCACAGUGCAGCUGUUUGUGCCAAAUAUUUCUUCAAUAAACAACUGCGUUGUUGAAGCUUUUUAUGGUUAAUAAGGUCAGGUGUGCUUUCUCUGUGUGUGAGUGCAUGUUUGUAUGGAAUCAGGAUGAGUUCAUUUGGAAUCAAAGAAUUUUUUUUUAAUAGUGCCCUGAAAGAAAAUACACCAAAAAAAAAAACAUUUAGAUAAUUAAGAAAAAAAAAAAAAACUGAGGACAUGACGCUUUUGGCACCAUGUUUUCUUCGUAUUUUCAUUACUUUUUGAUAUAUAUAUAUCAAAACAGAAGGAGGACAGAGAGGAACGUUGUUUCUGAGUAUACUCAUUAGGCAGGUCUAUUUACAAGUAUACUACUAAGUACAAGUAUGUGUAAGUAUACAUAAGUGUAGCAUUUAAUGCCGCUGAAGAAUCUAGUCAUUAGGUCGGGUACACUGUACCCCAACCACAGGAAAUGUAAUAUUGUGUAUGCUCAGAAAAAUAGAAUGGCAUUUAACAACAAAACAAAACAAUUAAUAAAACAAUUUAAUGACUUGCAAGUCACUUUAACAAAUAAGUUGUGCUGCCUAAGUGAUGCUACCAUUUAAUAGGCCUAGAAUUUAACAUGUUAAGUUUGGUUACAGAUUCAAUCUUUAUUUAAAAGAAAGAGAAGGAGAACAAUUUGCCCUGUUAAAAACUGACUCACUGGUAAAAGGCAGUGAUGUCUGUGGUGUAAUAUUUGUGUGUGUGUGUGUGUGUGUGUGUGUGUGUGUGUGUGUGUGUGUGUGUGUGUGUGUGUGUGUGUGUGUGUGUGUGUGUGUGUGGUGGCGGCUCGAGCUGAUGAUGUGAAUCAUACUGUACAUUAUAUUCCUUCUUCUGUGGUUGUGAUUCAUCAGUCCGCUUGUCAAUGACAAAACUGAAGUGAAAAUUUACAAAGAAAGAAAGCAAACACAAAGAGAAAACUAAAGAAAAAUCAUGAAGUAAUGAGUCAUAUUAAAAAGUUAAACUAUGAGUAAUGACAGAGUGGCGUUGCAAACAUUGCAGGAAAAUGCAUCAAUUCCUAAGUCAUGUCUGCAAUAUCGAUAUAUAUUUUUUGUAGUAGAGUGAGGCCUCGUCUUUGUGCUAUACUAUUUGACCAAAUGUUUUUGGACACCUGACCAUCACACCCAUAUGAGGGCCUUCCCAAAGUUGGUAGCACACAAAAAUGUGUGAAGGUUGGAAGAAGGUGGAAGAACUCGAGUGUCCUGCAAAUAUCCCUGACCUCAACCCCACUGAACACCUUUGAGAUGAACUGGAACUGGAGCUUCCUCACCCAACAUCAGUGCCGAGUGAACACAAAUUUGCACAGUCAUGCUCCAAAAUCUAGCGGAAAGCCUUCCCAGAAGAGUGAGCUUAUUAUAACAGCAAAAGGGGAAUAAAUCUGGAAUGGUACGCUCAGCAAGCACAUCUUCUGUGUGAUUGUCAGGUGUCCACAAACUUUUGGCCAUGCUCUUUUGGUAUGCUCUUGUUUGUCACCAUUAAAGACCUCACUUUGACUCCAUAUGUAUGUGCUAAAACAUUAUAAAUGGCAAGGCAUAGGACUGUCUCUGUAAGUGUGACCUUAUAUGAAGACAUAUUUUAUUCAGCAAAUGCAGACUGAAACGUUCUGUAAAAUCAUAUGCAGAAACAGAUGUUAUCUGCUGUAAUCCAGCUACUUAGGGCAAUAUUCUCACAGAUCUUCCCAUUUAUUUUAGGCAUCUCAAUCUGUAAGGCAAACUUCACCAUAUGUUACUAGGACUUUCUGGUUGCGAGUAAACAAGGAAGUAUCACCUGCAUGUACUCUGUAGUCAUUCCGCAGUACAUCACAUCCAAGCCUUCAUUAUCCCUUUAUAAAACUUCACAAUAAUGUACUUUAUUUAUUCACCAUCCCUUAAACACUCCCUCUUGGUGAUAUGACUUUACGUACUUCCAUAUGUAGCGACUCCACAGUAUUGUGACCUUGUUUGGAGUCUUCUGAUGGGUUAAGACAUUGCGUUAUCACAUACCCAUGAUAUACUGUAACAGCGUCCCUGAGUCCAUCAGACUGAGAUCAAGAUCAUUACUUAAUAUACUUAGAAUAAGGUCAUUCCUUUUAUCUCAUCAUUUUUCAGGUUAUUAAUUUUUUGUGUUUUUAGUUAUUGGCUUGAGAUCCGUGGUUGUCAAAACACAGCAGCAUUUUAAAUAUUCCGUAACACUUAUUUCAUGUAAAAUUUUUAUUCUGCCAGUACACAUGGGGGGGGGGGG